GGCAGAGGGCUCAGACUUCCCACUGCUUAACUGCGACAACUUGGUGCAGGAAGAGCAAGGAAAAUCCCACCUGACGCUUCAUUUUCUCACUUCCAGUCGCCAAAAGGGCUUUUUUUGGGUUUUAUUCUGCCCUCCUUUUAUCUCCUGCUGUCUCAGUAUCUUACAAGAGAACCUUGUCUCCGAGUUGCAAGUGCUGCUGUCAGAUGGACUUGGCUGACGGGAGUUCCCCACGCGCAGCGCCUGGGCAGGGCUGAAGUGUCCCCAUCCCAGCGUGGCUCUCUGUUCCUCAGGAUGACAACAAUGGAUGCAAGCCCAAGGAGCAACACAGCUGCAAAGCUACCAAAUCUAACUCCUCACAACUCGUGCCCCUCUCUGAGAGCCCAGCCACAGCACAGCCUGGCCAAGGCGCUCUACGACAACAAGGCCGAGUGCUCGGACGAGCUGGCGUUCCGCAGAGGGGACAUCGUGACGGUGCUGGAGCAGCACGUGCCGGGCAGCGAGGGCUGGUGGCGGUGCUCCCUGCACGGCCACCACGGCCUGGCGCCCGCCAACCGCCUGCAGCUCCUGCCGCCCUCCGCGGAGCCGCCGGCCGCGCACAGCAUCUACCAGGUGCCCUCCGUGCCCUCCGUGCCCAAGGCCACGGCGCUGUCGGCCACCUAUGAGAAGAUGGAGGGCUGGGUUCAGCCCCAGGCCCUCCCUGCCCAGGCCGUGUACCAGGUGCCGGCCCUGGCGGCGCAGCUGCUCAGCGAGAGGACCAAGCGCUCCACGCACCAGCACCUGUUUACCCUCCCCAGAGCCUGCCGGGCUUCGGCCUCAAACAUCAGGGGUGAGGUGUACGAUGUCCCCUCCUCACAGCACCGCGGGUCCCUGCUCCCACAGAGUGGUGCCACUCCCCCCAGCACACGGAAGGGCUCCGCACUGGGCAGAUCCACGGAGAGCUUCCAGGCAGAGCAGAAGCAGCUUUACAACAUCCCAGCCAAGCCAGAAAAAGGAGGAGCUGGCAGCCAGGACUCACCAGCAGGCAAUUUAUAUGAUGUCCCUCCUAAAAGAGAACUCGAUGACUCAGAAAAUAAAUCUCAGAAGAAACGCUGGGGCCAUUACAACACUUUGCCAAACCCUCGGAAGUCCGAAUGGAUUUACGAUAUUCCAGUAUCCCCUGAAAAUUCCGGAUUCAAACCCAACCCUUCUGGCCAGUCUGUGGAGAAGCAGGUGCUGUAUGACAUUCCCCCAGCCAGGUACAAGGCUCCAGCCACAACCAGCGAAGCCAAGGCUGGAAAUCCACAGCUGUACGACAUUCCACCGGCCCAGCGGAAGUUAACGCUUCCAGAAAUCCCUCUUUACGACGUUCCACCCUCUCGGGACGUGAUCCUCCUGCCACAGAACGGCAGCUCUGAGCUGCCCCCGAGGCUCCUGGCUGCCAAGGCUGAGAAUCAGGUCUCUGAGGAGAACGUUUAUGAUAUUCCCAAAGGUUUGCCCAGUGCUGGGCACUCCAAGAAAGAGAUGGAAAACAACAGUGAUGGCUCCAGAGACCAAGCACACGGUGCUUCUCCACAGCUCUCGAUGGAUGCCAAGUCAGAAAAUGACAGUUUGUGUGUCUCCAGUGUGGACAGCAGAAGCAGCACUCUCUCCUCAUCCUCCAGCUCUUCUGCUGAGUCAUCUUCUACGCUGUCACCAUCACCAGAGCCUGUCCAAGAAAUCAAACUGGAGCUGGAAGCAGCCAUCGAGACCCUGACUCGGCUGCAGCACGGCGUGUCCAGCUCCAUCGCCAGUUUAAUGAUCUUUGUGAGCAGCAAGUGGAGAUUGCAGGAGCACCUGGAGAAAAGCCUGGAGGAGAUCCACAGAGCAGUGGACCACAUAAAGGUGUCACUGGGAGAGUUCCUGGCCUUUGCUCAAGCCCUGAAGGGAAACGCCUCCAACCUCACGGAUAACAACCUGCAGGCCAGAAUUAAAAAGCAGCUGGAAAUCCUCAUGAACUCCUACAAAAUAUUGACAGAAACGAGGGAAGCUCUCAACAGCUGCAGCUGGUCCCUGGAGGCUUUGGUGCUCAGGAAGCCCCAGAACAACCCUGACGACCUGGAUCGCUUCGUUAUGGUGGCCAGGACAAUUCCAGAUGAUAUCAAGAGGUUUGUGUCCAUCAUCAUCGCCAACGGGAAGCUGCUCUUCAGGAAGAAUGAGAAGGAGCCAGAAAAGAAGCAACCAAAAGUGAACCUGGAAUGCAAAAUGGCAAAACAAAUCCCAGUGCCAAGAAGAGUAGAAAUUGAGUCACUCCAGAGAAAUGCUCCUGAGAAAUCCAGCCAAAGCCGGGUCCCUGUGGAGAAACCAGAAGAAAAUGGCACUGAGGAUUGUGAUUACGUCCAGUUACAGGUUUUGCCAUGUGCAAAAAAGACUGAAAAUCCCGGCAGGCAGGAGCCUGCCAGGAAAAUCCCCCUCCCAGAGCACUGCAGGCUGUGCUUCGCUGCCCUGCACAAGGCCAUCGGCGUGUUCACCGCCAGCCUCGGCAGCCAGCAGCCCCCCGAAAUCUUCAUCUCCCACAGCAAGCUCAUCAUCAUGGUGGGGCAGAGGCUGGUGGAUUCCCUGUGCCAGGAGAGCCAGGACAGGGAGGCCCGGAGCGACGUCCUGCACAGCAGCAGCCGCUUCUGCAGCCUCCUCAAGAACCUGGCCCUGGCCACCAAAACCGCAGCGCUCAAAUUCCCCAACGCCGAGGCCACCAGGGAGCUGCGGGAGCAGGCGGAGGAGCUGGCCAAGUACACCCAGCAGUUCCGGGCCACGAUGGACUGAGGGACCUGCCCCUGCUGCUCCUGUGGGCACACCCGCAGCUCCAGCAGGCAUUCCCUGGCUGCCGGUGCACGUGAAGAUCCCCCUACCUGGAAUUCCCACCAGGAAUUCCCUGGGUGCACUGGUGAAGAUCCCCACACUUGGAAUUCCCACUAAAAUUCCCUGGGUGCUGGUUCAGGUGAAGAUCCCCACACCCAGAACUCCCAGUAGGAAUUCCCUGGGUGCCAGUGCAGGUGAAGAUCCCCCCACUCAGAAUUCCCACCAGGCAUUCCCUGGCUGCCGGUGCAGGUGAAGAUCCCCCCACUCGGAAUUCCCACCAGGAAUUCCCUGGGUGCCAGUGCAGGUGAAGAUCCCCCCACUCGGAAUUCCCAGUAGAAUUCCCUGGGUGCCAGUGCAGGUUAAGAUCCCCCCACUCAGAAUUCCCACCAGGAAUUCCCUGGGUGCACUGUAAAGAUCCCCCCACUC